UCAUAUGCAAUAUAGAAGAAUAUUUAAAAAAAAUUAAAAUACACAUUAAUCUUCGAACUUCGAAAUAAACAAAAAGUAGUAAACCCUUACAUGCUAUGAACAGGUAGAAUUUAAAACAAGAUAUUAAUGACUGAUUGUCACUAAUAUUUAUAUGAAUUACAGAACCUCGCAUGCAGUAUUCUACUUUCUAUCAGAAAGCUUCUAGCUAUACUAUUCAUAUCGAAGGUUGCUUAUAUAAAAAACGUACUGUCAACAAGCUUAGAAUCCUAGAAUGUAAUCUUGACCUGCAGUCUCUUAACAGUAUAACCAUCAAGCGUAACAUUUCAUUGUGCAAAAUAUAAGAAGCCACAAGUUUAUUGUUAUUAUUAGACACUUAAACGAUGCAGUCAUAUAGGUAUUACACGGCUAAAGGGUUGGCCAUUGCAAAUCAAGUUUAGUGGCAAUUUGUUUGAGUAGCAAUGGAAAAUGUCCGUUUACCGCACUCCGACUUAUCAAAUACAGAUAAACUUCUCUGCCUACUCAACAAUGGAUUUCUGUACUUCAUGAUUGGUGUGACUAAUGUCAUCAUGGGGGUUUUGAAUGCAGCAAUUGCAGAUUCGAUAGGUUGCACGGAUGGAUAUAUAACAUUCUUUGCAGCUAUAUCAAUAGCUGUCAAUAACUUUACUGGAUUCAUGGGAGAAAACUUGCUCAAACAUAUUGGACUGAAAUACUUGACGAUUGUAUCUACUUUGCUGAAAUUAUUUUCGACGUGCAUGCUUUCAACUGUAAACGAUGCAGCUUCUUUUGCCGUUUGGAUCACGGUGCUAGGUCUUGCUAAUGGUUUGAUAAUUUCAACAAGUAUAUCUGUGUUAGGGUCAAUAUUUGUCGACCAUCUCAGUAACGCAAUUGGAUUUGUCACCCUUGUAUAUAUGGUUGGCACUGCAACCCCUCCUGUUACACAGGUCUGGUUAGAAAAUUAUGGUUGGAGAGGGGCUUUACUUGUGACAGGAGCAUUACAUUUGCAUGGAUUAGUGACAGCAACGGCUCUUGAUUCCAGCAUUGGCCGCAAACAAGACAUCACUUACACAGAAAUUGGAAAAAAUCAAGAAGACAAAACAUUCUUAGGGAAGAUUGGAAAAAGUCUUCAACUUUCCGUGUUCAAAAAUAUGACAUUAAAUGCGUUGUUUUUUGUUUCCGGUUGUAUCUGGUUUGUUAUUGUAGUAUUCCACUUGAGUUUAAUACCUUACGCCAUUAGCAUCAGUAUUGAGCCUUUGCAGGCAAGCUUUCUGAAAACGCUUGUAGGAAUGGGAUGUGUUAUUGUUAGAAUAGUACAGUGUAUUGUUCCACAGACGGUAAAUAUAUCAACCAAGCUUUUGGUGUUAACACUAUUCAUCGACGUCGUAGCACUUACAUUUUUCAUAUUCUCGAACCAGUAUACUUCUCUGGCUUUAUCAUCAUUUAUACAUGGAGCGGCGUAUGGAUUGCAAUCCUGCUUAAUACACUUCCUGGCAAUAAAGUCGGUGGAUACAGCACACGCUGGUGGCGCCAUAGCCUGGUGCAAAGCAUUUGCAGGCAUAGGUAACCUUUUAGCCGGAUUACUGGGAUUUUUUAACAGUGACAAGGAUUUGCUAUUUUGUUUCCAGAUAAGCACAGCCUUACAAGCCUUUGCGUUAAUUCCAAGUUUAUAUGUGUUAUUCUUAUGGCAUUGCUCUUCGAAGAAUAAAGAUACAUAAAACAUUUCUGUUGAAAAAAGAUCGUCGGAGACAAUGUCUAGAGACGAGAUGUAGACGAGCAACCAUUUCCGAAAAUACUGCUGUCGAUAAAACUAGCAAAUUCAUGAGUACAACUCAUUUAACAUUGGACUAAUGAGAGAUGGAGGGACCAACUGGUCUCAAUACUUCUGGACUUGUUAAGCUAUGUCCCGUUCUUGAGUAUGGUACCCCUCUGUGGCACCCCGACAUUAAUUAAAAAAAGACAGUAUAGGUAGAACCAGUGCAAUAGCUGAUUUGUAAAUGUAUCUUGGAAAAACACUUAUGUCAAAGUGUGUAGAACUGCAAGAGGUCCGACUCUAUUAUAGGCUAAGUUCUCACACGGCUGCUAACGGUUAGCAGGAUCCGGAUCCUGCUAAUCGUUAGCUGCCGUGCGUCCAUACGAGAAAAUCCCGAUCCGGAUACCAAAAAUAUGAUGAUCGAACUGGAAAUCGUAAACGCGUACUUGUGAUUGGUUGAUGAUAAAAACGCGCUCAACUUUCUAACCGAUAGCGCUUGCGAACCGUUAGCGGUAUCCGGAUACUGCUAACUGUUAGCGCUAACCGAUCGGGCGUUAGGUGCUAAUGGUAGCGCUAACGGUUAGCUCCCGAUCCGGAUACUAGGGCUCUCGUGAGGACCAUGCUAUACACUCUCUGUUUAUACUGUAUGUUAUAUCCCUAGAGGACUGGACCAACACCUUCCUCCUCAUUAUUGCCUGGGAGUAUGAUUUGCUCGAUGUUCGUCCGUCUAGGCAAAUUUUGGAUUUUAUUGAGUUAGUCAUCUUCCCAUAAUAGCUCACGAUGUUGGUCAUCUUCCCAUAAUAGCUCAUGAUUAUGAUAUACAACGUUACACAGCGAAAUUUUGUUCCAAUUGACAAUUUAAAGUUAAAGGGAGAGGGGAUUGUCUACAUAUUAUUUUGAUGGGGGAAAAGUAGGUACGUCCAUAUCAUCAUUCACAAUUCAUGUAUUUAUAGAUAUUUAAGGUAUAGAAAGGAAACAUUUGUUGUUUAGUGUACAAACAUUAUUUCUUUUUACUUUUUUUUCUUCACAAUUGAUUGGUUAUGAUUUAUAUGUACUAUUGAUUUUUCUUCAUUACCUAUACUAUCCAUGAAUAUGGAAAUUACUAUGCAUUCAUAUAAGGAUUGGGUCGUUUAACCAAAAAACUUAACUGAAAGGAAUGAAAAUGAAAUUGGAUUUCUUUUGUUGAAAAGUUCAAAAUAUGUUGGGUUUCUUCUUUACCAUUUUACAUUGUAAUAAUUGUCUGAUUAACCUAUAUUAGUUUAGGCUUUGAUAUGUUGUCGAACGCACCGUCAAAUUAUCGAGUGCCAAUGUUCUGAAAGUGUACGUUCAAAUAAUUAAAGCAAACUAAAACUACAUUGUUACUUAUUAUAAUUUGUACAGCUGCUAGAGUACAGUACAUCAGUGCUGCAGUAGGCCUACUCUUGCUUUGUGAUUGCGUUGUUUUGAAGAAGUGUUAUGGUUGCCGCGUCGGGUCUGUGUGAGUUAAACGCAGACGAGAAGGUUUGCGUCGGGGCCAGUCGCGUCGUAGAACACUAAACAUGUUUAAUAUUUCUCACGACGGCUCAAGACUGUCCACGACGAAAAAUCGCGUCGGGCUGCGUCGUACGACGCUGCCUGAGUUGGUCUUAAGCUACGCUCACAUCAAACCUGGAUAUAAAAAUCGUGAUUUGCUACGGUACGUUUUUUGAACGCUGCGUUUACAUCGCCCAAGGAACACGGUUGUUCGGGUUAAGUACGUAUGCGUUCGAUUGGUUCAAACCAACCAAGCUUUUGCUGAUUGGUCAAAGAAAAAAAACCCGUACGAUUUCAGGAUACAAAUGGCUCUCAGAUCCAUCAGUCCGGAUGCAGAGUUCGGAUGCGGAGAAAUCGUACAAAUUUGAUGUGAACGGUCCUAUUCUUUACUACUUUAAUGGUAUGACAUUCGAUUUGUCAUCGAGAGAUCGCAGGUUCAAAUCCUGCCGGCCAGACGUACUGCUUUAAACAAUUUGAAAAAGAAGUUUUUUGUUGAAACAAAAAAAAAAAAAAA